AUGAUUCAAAAAACUAAAUUUGCUGUUAUCUUGGUUGCAUUUUCCUUAUUCUUUACCUGCUUUACGAAUGCGUCUCCAUUUGAAUUGACAUCUCGUGUUAUCGGUGCUGUCGGUUGCAUUAGUUUUAAAGAACACAACCACGAAUACAGUGAUUGUGUUGUUGGUGAAAUUCACAUUUGUGAACUUAAGUUAGAUACCUGUAAAGUAACCGGACAAUUUAAUCAAGGAUUCAAAGAAGGUUGCAAAUAUGAAUAUCAAGUUGAAGGCUGUGAUAAAAAAGAAAUUCCAUGUGGGAUGAUUUGUGCACCUGGAACUCUUGCAUUUGAAUUUUACGUUAAAGCUAAACUACAUGAAUAUUUCGGGAGACACGUUAAAAUCUACGAAAACGGGAAAUGUAUUGCAGAGGCAUGUAUCGAUAAAGUUUGA